GUAGUUUGAAAUCUGCCAGAUAUAGAAGCGUUUGCCUGUUGACGAUCACCCCAGCUGAUCCUAGGUGAUACUAACAAGAUGGAAAAAGCGCUCAUCUGGCUUACUCUCUUCAGAGGUUUGCUGUGCUGUAUAUUUGAAGGAACCGAUUUCAUGAUAGUAUCCCCAGUGGUAGACGAUGUGGUGCCUUGGCGUCUACUUCAGAUCACUGCCAGUGGGAAAGAAGGAACAUUAGUUACAGUCUCCACGAGAUCUCCAAUAAAACAAGAAAAUCACGAACAAGUAAUCGCGAACAAUGGUUUUGCCCAAUUCUCCCUUCAACACUCAACUCAUACAAUAACAACUGAAAACAUUCCAUUCCCAAUAAAGAAGAAUGGCAUCCGAGUAAAUGCAACUGAACCCGUGGUGGUAUUCGUGUACGCAGACAACAUUGACGGCUAUACCGCCAUCACACGGACAAACACGACAUCGUACGUAACGGCCUCCACCACUGCCUCCCAGGCUGAUAUGGACGCGAAGUCCUACAUUGCAAUUGCAGCAUUUGAGGAAGGAACAGAAGUCGUGGUCCAGCUGAGAAAUAACGUGAACUUGCAUGAAGCUCAGUUUGGUAACAGGGAGUACGAGGACAAUGAUAUCAUCAGUGCCAUCAUAAAUGCUUCUGAUGUGAUGUUUAUAUGGUGUUUUAACGAUCUGACAGGUUCUCAGAUUACUGCCAAUAAACCCGUGUCUGUGUUUGCUGGUGUAACGUGUGCACAUGUUCCAGAAGGAAGCUCUAGAUGUCAGGCAGUCGCCGAGCAGAUGAUACCAUAUGACUUGUUACGAGGUGAUGUUCUCAAUUUUCCAGUGUUUGACAUAUCGGACAAUACAUUGUUCAGAGUUAUUUCAGCACAAAGCACAACCGAUGUAUUAGUGGGAUCUGAUUUUCACGAACUUGUUCAACGAGGUUCCAUUGUAUCCUGGGAGAGUUCUUCCCCCAAUGGACAAGUGGUAUCCAGCAACAAGUCAAUUAUUAACGUACAGUAUCAACCCGAUGGUGGCAGCGUGUAUUGGCCCCUUCAGACCACGAUGUUGCCGUUUAGUAUGUUCUCUGCCACACACACGAUAUUUGCUUUACGUGAUGCUGACACCAAACUUGUCAUUAUUACAUCGAAAUCACAGAACAACCAUUAUGAGUUUGUUUUGGAUGACCAGCCAAUGACUCAGUUCACUAUUGUAGAGGUACACAGUGCCUAUGUUGCCGUGAGGAGCACGCUAUCCCCAGGCAUGCACACACUAAGGUCACUGGACAGCAAGGAGGUGGCUGUGUAUGUGUAUAGCUAUAACACAGCUGCAGCUUUGAGUUUCCACGGAGCCUGUACUGUCCAAAAACUAACGGAGCAAUCCACCAUCGGUUUGGCAUCAUCGUCGCAAGCUGCUCUAGCCUCAUCUGUGGUCAUCAUUCAGUCAGCAUCUACAACACCCGAGUCUUCAACACUUGAAUCUACCAUGCCCCAUUCAUCAACAGUGGUAUCUACCAUGCCCCAUUCAUCAACCCCGGUAUCUGCCACGCCCCAGCCAUCAACAUCGGUAUCUGCCACGCCCCAGUCAUCAACAGCGGUGUCUACCUUUCCCCAGUCAUCAACAUCGGUAUCUACCUUGCCCCAGUCAUCAACAUCGGUAUCUUCCUUGCCCCAGUCAUCAACAUCGGUAUCUAUCUUGCCCCAGUCAUCAACAUCGGUAUCUGCUAUGCCCCAGUCAUCAACAUCGCCAUCUACAAGAUCCCAUUCAUCAACACAGUCAUCUACAAGAACCCAUUCAUCAACACAGUCAUCUACAAAGACACAUUCAUCAACACAGGCAUCUACCGUCCUCAAACCAUCAGCACCGGUAUCUACAACACCCCAAUCAUCAACACAGGUAACUACCAUGCUCGAUCCAUCAACACAGCUAUCUACCAUGCUUGAUCCAUCAACACAGGCAUCUACCGUCCUCGAACCAUCAGCACCGGUAUCUACAACACCCCAAUCAUCAACACAGGUAACUACCAUGCUCGAUCCACCAACACCGGUAUCACCAAUGUCCCAGACAUCAAACGGACUGGACAGCACCACUGUUAUAUCUGUUGACUCAGCAGGGUCAUCUGGUGUUGCAGUGACUGUAGCCUCUCCCCAAACCACAUCCAUCUCCUCCUCGACACCGUCCAUAACUACAUCACCAUGCACUCCCGCCGCAUGCCACUAUCUUUGUUACACACCAACUAAUGCCUCGCAAAUGUUGCAACUCAUUCGUAACCUAACUCUCCUGAAGCGGUCGUUGGGGUCUUCAAUCCGGAAGCGAACCAGUGUCCAUGACGACAGACCAUCAGCGAAGGGGAUUGGUUACACUGGUGUUGUACUGAUGCUUGUACCCGUAUGUUUGCUGUUCCUGGGCGACUUGAGCACAAUUAUACGAGACAUCAAGGGUCACAUACGGUGAGACAUCGUAACAUGGUGAACAUUUUCGUGUUGGUGACUUCACCACAAUGGUUAAGUAACGUUGUUGUGUCGUUAUUCAAACCUUAAGUGACCAACAGUCCAAGUUUGAUUCAAACCAAUCCAAAACCUAAAUACAUGACACGUUUUAUGGAUAAUAACUUCUUUUUGUUCUAUAUAUGACUUUUCAGAGCUACUUCUUGCUUCUUCAUCAGGUGAAUGACAGGAUGAAAGAGCAAGAAGUAGCUCGGAAACGUCGUACAAAGAAUCUAAGGAAGCUGUUAUGCAUGAAACAUAAAAGUAUGAUUCAUGUUCGUCCAACUUCUAAAAGCCUUUCAACAACUUCAUUCCAAACGCAGUAUGUUUAUCACAGCCAUGAUGACAGUAGAGAUGUAAUACUCUGU